AUAGAGGGCUCACUCUAUAAGCUGGCGUCGCGUACGGGUACGAAGUCGUAAUGUAGGUCGAUGUGUCAGGAUUCGAAAAUGAAUACAAAGUGCAUUAUUCGUAAGUCACGAAUGUCAACCAUAAUGUAGCAUUUGAGUGAGGACAUGUGGACCGUCAGACUAUUUCGAUCAACAUCAAGCAGGAGUUCAUUUCUUCAUCUGCCGCUGAACUUCCAGUGCAGUUUUCUGAGCAGUUCACAGACAGCAGAGGUAUUGAGACCAUUCAUCUUUGCAGUCCAUCCUGAUUUCUUUGGCCAGCAUCCCAAGGAACGAGCUGUGAAUGAGCAUUCUCUGAAGCAGCUGUAUGCACACCUGGAGACUAUCCGAGAUGAAUCGGCACGGGUGACACCCAAGGAUCUGACGUUCUACCUGCGCAACAGCCGAAGAGAACGGUCCUCCCAGCAAGGUCACUCUGUCUUCCGGUCAGUCACAGUCAGCCUGCUGAACAGAGACAUCUACACCACAGUCAACAACCUCCUAGAGACAUGCAGCCUGCCCACCAACAACCUGCAAGAGAUCUCAGCCAGUCGACCCCUUCCCUUCCCCAGACCCAUAGAGUGGCACCACUCCUACUAUGCCUACACCGGCAAGACCGACCCGUAUGCAGAGGUGAAAGCCAAACGCCAGCCAGCUAAAGAUUCUUUAAGAAACUGGUUGAGGACAAAUGUCCCAAUAGCUAGGAGAAAUCUUGAGUCCAGUCUCCCAAUCCGGCAGGAGACAGAGCGUCUCAAUGACAGUCUUAAGGAGCAACUGGGCCUGGAGGAGUUGAGAUGGAUGUCCCGAUGGGAUGUCAACACAUUCAGGGCCUGCCUGAGGUCCAUGGCUAAGCUGCGGCAGGGACACUCCCAAAUAAUGGACAAUUUAAGAGGAAAGAGACUAGUGUUUGGAAGCUUGACUGGUGUAUCAAGAGAGGGUCAUGUGAUGCUGAGCAAUAAAAAUGUGGAACAGCAGUGGCUUGCAUUCCUGAGCAGCCUGCCCCAGCAGAUGAAAAUCCUGGACCACCUGUCCGUAGCAGAGCGACAGCUCUCGGAUUUCCUAGGGGGCAGCCUGAGGCUGUCCAGGCACUGCUGUCGUAAUCUCAUGCCGGCCCAGACCUACCUGGCAUUGCUCCACAAGAUGAGCGGCGGGCUCCAGCGGUACCGUCGGACGGUGGAAGGCGAGCGUGACUGCCAAAGAAUAUCCAGAGGACUCCUGGCCGAUGUGGAAAUUAAUGUUGUCGGUGAUUCUGGUCGGAUGUACGUGUCUUCUAGAGGUGCACUCCAUGUGACCGCAUCCAGCCAGCCACCAGAGCUCAUCAACUUCCUCCUGGACAAUGGAUUCCGGGUCAAAGAUAUCAGGAGGCACCAUCAGAGAUAUCUCCUGGAAGAGAUUGCUGCCAUCCAGGCCUGCGUGGAAGAACUGGACCUGACCGCGUUGACUAAAGACGACUCAGUGACGGCCGAAGAAAUGGUGUCCUGCUGCAAGAGACUCACAGAGAAUCCCUUGGAGCUGGGCGUGUCCUUACGGGAUGCCAGCAUACGCGUGGGUCACGUCUACAUGGUGCUAUGGGGUGGGGAGCUAUGCAUACCCUGGAACUGGAAGGAUUGACCCUGGGGAGAGGGGGGGAGUUGGAGUGUUAAAACAGACUGUCCAUCCAUUUUACUGACUGCCAUAAUUUGUAACCAAAAGCCUGCCAGUGUGGACAGUGUGAUGUUACAAAAUGUUGCAAAAACAAUUUUGUCGUAGGGAGGGGGAGGGGUGUGUGUGUGUGCAAAUAUUUUAUUGAUAUUCUCAGGUCAGCUUUUGAAACCUCUCUUGGGGGGGGGGGCAUUAAACCAACCCACCCACCUCUCUCGCUACACCACCAAUAGCAUCUGAAAAUCAGUCACCAUAAGAAUGCCCUCCAGUUUAAAGCAGGAUAAAUACAAUUUGAGGUCUGCGUUGUAAAGAGUACAACUAUGAAGACGUUUGUUGAAACACCGUGUCAGAAAAGGAUGAAAAAGAAAACAGAACGAGAGACGUAUCUUCACAUUUCUCACACAUCUCUCUCUCUUUUUACCUGCAAAGAUGGAAAGAACUUAUGUUACAGAAUGUCUGGAUGCUUUUGGUUUUCAUCUGGCAUAAUAUGGGGGGGGGGGAGGGAAAUGGGAAAAUGUAUAUGUAUUCAAAGGCCAACAGCACCACACCUACUUGAACAUGUAUAAAUUUUGAAUAAAUAAUGUCUCUUUUAAAUGGUUGUCAAAUUAUAUAUUAAAGACUUUACUAAGGUUUGUUUGAUAUACAAGUCAAAGUGUGCUAAACAUUUAAGCAUCUAAGGGAAUAAAUAUGUGCUUGACUGGUUUAAAACAAGUAUGUUUUGGAUCGGGCCAUUAUCCGCAACCAGGCACCUAGCUGGUUUUAAACGUACUCGUUUAAUACCGGCCAAGCAUAAAUUUAUUCCCAUUCAUAAAUACCUUUCGAUCAUAUCUAGUCGAAACAA